UCUCUCCCCGCCGGCCCCCUCCCGCCGUGGGCCCACGGGCUCCUUCCGUUGGCUUCGGGUCAGCGAGUGGCGGGAGAGGAGGCCUGGGCACCGACCGCCUAGAGUCCCCGGCCCGGCCCGGCCAGAUGGGUGCCGGGCCCGAAUCCUGCGGUGGUCUCUCGUCUCGCCCCGCAGGUGAGCGGCGGGGAAGCAUCCCGGGAUUCGGGUGUAGCUUCCCUGCUAUGGGCUCCUCUCCGGCUGAUCCGGGCCUGGGCGUCCUUCUCUGCUUUUCCCUGCUCAGCUGCGUGUCCGCACUGGUGGACCCCGACGACGUCCUUACGAAGGAGGAACAGAUCUACCUCCUCAACAGGGCCCAGGCCAAGUGUGAGAGACGCCUGGACAGCAAGCUGUACCCCUUCCCAGAUGGCUUCUGCCCACCGGAGUGGGACAAUCUCGUAUGCUGGCCGGAGGGCGUGCCUGGCAAGGUGGUAUCCGUGCCCUGCCCCGAGUACAUCUACGAUUUCAACCACAAAGGCCAGGCCUAUCGGCGAUGUGACCUGAACGGCAGCUGGGAAUUAGUGGCUGGCAACAACAGGGCAUGGGCCAACUACAGCGAAUGCCUCAAGUUUCUCACCAACGAGACCAAAGAACGGCAGGAGGUGUUUGAGCGCCUUGGCCUGAUCUACACGGUGGGCUACUCCAUCUCACUGGGCUCCCUGAGCGUGGCCGUCCUCAUCCUGGGCUACUUCAGGCGACUCCACUGCACGAGGAACUCCAUCCACAAGCACCUCUUCGUGUCGUUCAUGCUGAGGGCCGUCAGCAUCUUCGUCAAAGACGCCGUCCUCUACUCCCGCCUGGCCCUGGACGAGGUGGAGCGCAUCGCUGCCCACCAGGACCCCCAGGUGGGCACCGAGGUGCCCCCGGCCGACAAGUCGCAGCUCGUGGGCUGCAAAGUCGCCGUGACCCUCUUCCUCUACUUCCUGGCCACCAAUUACUACUGGAUCCUGGUAGAAGGCCUCUACCUGCACAGUCUCAUCUUCAUGGCCUUCUUCUCGGAGAAGAAAUAUCUCUGGGGCUUCACCCUCUUCGGCUGGGGUCUUCCUGCCGUGUUUGUGGCCAUCUGGGUGAGCGUGAGAGCCACCUUGGCUGACACCGAGUGCUGGGACCUUAGCGCGGGAAACUUAAAAUGGAUCGUGCAAGUGCCCAUCCUGGCAGCUAUCGUGGUAAACUUUAUUCUUUUUAUCAACAUUAUCAGAGUCCUCGCAACCAAACUCCGAGAGACCAACGCAGGGAGAUGUGACACGAGACAACAAUAUCGGAAGCUGCUGAAAUCUACCCUGGUGCUCAUGCCUCUCUUCGGAGUCCACUACAUCGUCUUCAUGGCGUUGCCGUACACGGACGUAUCAGGGACCCUUUGGCAAGUCCAGAUGCACUACGAAAUGCUCUUCAAUUCUUUCCAGGGAUUUUUUGUGGCCAUCAUUUACUGCUUCUGCAACGGAGAGGUCCAGGCGGAGAUCAAGAAGUCGUGGAGCCGUUGGACGCUGGCGCUGGACUUCAAGCGGAAGGCCCGGAGCGGCAGCAGCACGUACAGUUACGGGCCCAUGGUGUCACAUACCAGUGUCACCAACGUGGCACCCCGGGGUGGGGGCGGCGGCCCGCCCCUGGGUGCCCGCCUGGUGCCCGCCGCCCUCAAUGGCCAUCGCUCCCUGCCCGGCUACGUCAAGAAUGGCUCCAUCUCCGAGAACUCGGUCCCCUCGUCUGGGCCGGAGGACUUCCUCAAUGGACCAGGCCUGCUGGACGGGGCGGACAAGGCCCCGGCCCCGCCACCGCUGGCUGAGGACGAGGAAGAGCGGGAGACGGUUAUGUGACCCCGCGGGGCCUCGUGCCCCUUUAGGCCUCAUGCCCUCUGUAGGCCUCACCCACCCCAGGGUGGGCACCAGGCCCAGAGGAGGCCUAGGAACCGGGGCGAGGGCAGACUGGAUGGCACGGAGGCUCUCCCGGGACUUGUUGAGGACCACAGCGGUGCCCCUCUGGGGGGUCCCGGGCCCCUGGGGAUGGGGCACCGCUCACAGAACCGCCCCCGCCGGUGCGGCUGGCCGGGGGGCGGCGGGGACUAGACGGACAGACAGCCACUACACAUCCCCGGAGACCGGGGUGGGGGAAAAGAGGGGCCAGAGAUUAAAGAUGCCAAAACCCA